CUAUUAUGACGUGAUAACGUCUUAUAAAUCGAUGAAACACCGGCUGCACUCACGAAAUAGUGUGACGUCAUAGCACGUUGGCACUAGUUCAACGUUCCGCGGUGUGUGUGAGGUGAGGUCGAGGGUUUCCUCCGACCCGCAACUCCCAGCCCCCUGACCACCUUGAUUCCCUCCUCCUCGAAGAGUACCUCAUCCUCGCGUAGGGGGUAGGCCUACCUUGGGCCUCCAUAGAGCUACAGAGGCGUGCUUGGGUUCAAACGAACCUGAACAAAAAGCCACAUAAAACGGCCCGAGGAAAACAGCGAAUGACACGUUUUGACGUAAAAUUAUUGUCCGUAAAUUGAUUUUACAGACAACUAUUUUUUUAAGCAUUCGAUGAUAAGAUGGACCAUAAGUACAUGAUGAUUGAUACUGUGUAAUAAAUGUAAACAAAAGAGCAAUUGUCAGGACAGCCAUUCUCUGCCAAGCUCAUGACAAUACCUCCUAUAAUGGGUUGGGUUGUGUAAGCUAAUUUACGCUGUAUAAGAUCUUCAAUGCGUGUGCAUAAUUUCUUUAUGUACGAAUGCUAUUAGUACCUGCAAAACUAGUUGAACGAGUAAAUACCCCAUAAUAAUGUUAAUUUGAUCAAGUCUGUGGCUUCAAGUUUACUAAAGAGGUUUAUGCAACUGGUUGGACGAGGAAAACAAUAAAAUUAUGCGACAUCGGUUUCUUUAUAUACGAUGGUCGUUUAUGUAUAAAUGUGUCAUUACUGUCGUCACUAGUUUUUUUAUCCACAUAUUGUACCCUGACAAAGGUCCGGGACCAGAACUACAGUGUGUAGUUUGCGAGUGAAACUCGACGAAUGGAUCCAGAUGCCAGGCGCUAGAGGUUUUAUACCGCUAUGCCUGACAAUGACCUGAAAUCCGAAACAAUAUAGAUAAAUUAAAAGAACGAUCCAAAACAAAAGAAACAUUUUGAAUUUCGAACAAGACGUUUAUGGUCUCUCUCGGCAAACGUAUAUUAAAAAGAGAUGAAAAAUUAAAAGUGAUUGAAACUAAUUACAGGUGGAGAAAAAGUUAUGAUCCGGAAGUGACGUGAAGCGUCAAUAUGAAAAAUCAAUAAUUUGAACAAUAAGAAAUUAUAAUAUACGCUGGCGACAGCUGCAUUGGCGGUGACCAUCCUGGGACCUGCACCCGUCUCUCGGACUGCAAGCCCCUGCUAGAUGAGAUCAUGAGGGCAGGCCGCCCGAUGCCGAGUCACUUAAGGAUAAAAUUAGAAGAGCUCUCUUGUGGAUUUGAAUCUGAUGAGCCCGUGGUCUGCUGUGUUGCCUCAUCCGGCAACCCAAGCGUUAUCACUCCAGAUCCUGAGAUCACUAAAGAACCGAAUUUUAGCAUGGUUGACAGUACAGCUAACCCGCUUACACGCAAACCUAAUACAGGCACAGGCACCGAAUCACGAGUAGGAGAUGUGCCAAAUGUACAAAACCAUCCGAAUUUACGUCUCCUGCCCAUCAAAACUUGUGGUGUGUUCGACAGCGACAAAUUGUUCGGAGGCACCAGGACGCAAUUGUACGAAAUGCCUUGGAUGGUGCUGCUGGCUUAUGAGUCGCCUCGGGGCAGGAAGUUGAGUUGCGGUGGCACCCUGAUCAGCGAGUGGUACGUUCUGACGGCAGCGCACUGCGUCUCCUUCCUGGGCGAGCGGCUCAAGUUCACGGGCGUGGUGCUCGGGGAACACGACGUUAGGAAGGAUCCCGACUGCGAGCGUAUCGAAGAUAAGCAGUUCUGCGCCCCUAACAUCAGAAACGUGACUGUGGAGACCGUGAUUGCCCACACGGGGUAUAGCCCUCAAACUCUAGUCGAUGACAUCGCGCUCCUAAGACUGUCGGAACCAGCCGAUUUUACAUUGGAGAGCAUGAGCGCGGUGUGCCUUCCUGUCACUCCGAAACUCCAGAACGAGGACUUGGUUGGGCGCUCGGGCAUCGUAGCAGGGUGGGGAGCUACGGAAGACGGCUUGCAGUCGCCAGUCUUGCUCAGCGUGGAUCUGCCGAUAGUCGGCAACAAAGAGUGCCAGGACGCUUACAGCGGCAACCCUCGCAUUCACGAUCGACAAAUAUGCGCGGGGGGAGUCCCGGACAAGGAUUCCUGCGGAGGAGAUUCCGGUGGGCCCCUGAUGUAUCCAGGAAACGUCGGGACCAAGGGGUCGCGGUAUGUCCAGAGGGGCAUUGUGUCCUACGGGUCUAAGCGCUGCGGCUUAGGCGGCCUCCCAGGAGUAUACACUAGAAUAGCCUACUACAUGGAUUGGAUAUUAGACAAUAUGCACGACUAA